AUGAGUCAAGAAAAUUCAUACAACCAAAACGCGAAUGAAAGAACAUCAUUAUUCGAAUUGCCAAGAUAUGUUGAAAAAAGAUUGAACGAGUUCAAUAUAGAAAAUUUUGUCUAUUCAGAAUUUAACAAUAUUACAAAAAUUGGAUCUGGAGCAUCAGCAAUCGUAUACUCUGCUGACUACGCUGGACAUAAAUACGCAUUGAAAAGUUUAAAUACUAAUUUAAGUUUGGGGCAUAGAGAGAUUAGAAGGUUUAUUCGUGAGCUUAAAAUACUUAACGAAGUUAAUCAUGAAAACAUAAUUAAACUCUAUGGAGUUUCAAAAUGUUCACAAACUGAUAACCUUAUUUGCGUCCCACAGCAAAUGAAAUCCUAG